AUGUCCGACGUCCGUGGGCCUGUCACGCUGGAUGUGGUCCUACGGGCCCUGGAUCAGAUUCCAUUCUCGUGGCCAUUCGUAGGGAUUCUGCCGCUUCUGGCGCUCGUGUAUGAGAGACGCGGCGCCGAGUCGUGGUCGGGACUCGUGUUUCCCUGGCCCACCGUGUCGGAAUGGCACGACGUGCUCAUGGUGCGUCACCCAUUCGUGGUGGGCUGCAUCAUUUUCAUUCUUCUCAGAUACACGAGUAUGCACAUGUCGCGCCUUGCUCUGAAUCUCGGGGAGCCCAGGCCAGACAAGCCCGACUGGAAGGAAGAUGUCAUUGUGAUUACGGGGGGCUCUAUGGGCAUUGGCAAGGAGCUAGUUCAGAUUCUGUCGCGUGAGCACAAGGCCCGGAUGGCCGUGCUUGAUGUGCUUGAGCCGACCUACGCCGCUGCGUCUCACGGUGCUCCGGAUAUUUUGUACAUACGCACGGACGUGACGAGCGAACAGGCGGUGGCUCAGGCUCAGGCUCAGAUAAUCGAGCGGUUUGGCCGCUCGCCCUCGUAUGUCGUGAGUUGCGCUGGCGUCGCACCGGCUGGGGCAUUGCUAACGUCGCCUGUCAAGAUGUUCACGCGCGCGUUCGACAUUAAUGCAGCCGCGAACGUUGUCCUGGCUCAAGCGUUUUUGCCAGCCAUGAUCAGCAACAACCAUGGCCAUUUCAUGACGGUUGCCAGCUCAGCCUCGUACUUUUCGCUGCCAAAUCUGUGUGCCUACUCGAUGAGCAAGACCGCGGCUCUCGCGUUCCUCGAGUCGCUCCGCGCCGAGCUUCGUGCCGUAUACAAAGCGUGUCGCGUUCGCACAUCGGUCGUCACGCCGACCAAAGUCCGCACGGUCCUUGCUGAGGGCUUGAAUGAGGGUGAUGACGACUUCUUGAUGCCGGUGCUGGAGCCGAUUCAGGUCGCCCGCGCCAUGGCCGAUACGCUGAAUAGCGGGCUGAGCCGCAAUAUUUCGCUGCCUCUGGGCUCGGCAUUGCUGCCUUACCUGCGCGCCCUGCCUGAAUGGUACCGCGGCGCACUGCGUGCCAUGGGCAACACGGACGCGCUGGUCACACCCGAGUCUAUCUCACGUGGCCAGCAAGCUCUUCGGGGCCAUCAGAGCAAUCUGGACCACAUGAAAAAGUUGGGCGUACAUAGCUAA